AUGCACUUCACCGUCCUCACCCUGCUAGCAGCUGGAGCAAGCGCAUCAUUCGUGCAGUCCUUCGUGCCAGAAGUCGCACACGCCUACGGCCUCGAAGAGCCAGGCCAAUGGCACCAAAUCGACAACAACAACCUCAACCAACACCAAGCAACCCCCGGCCUACGGCAACUCCAUCAACUAUGA